AUGACUAAAAUUACAGAGGUUACUCCAUUGGAACUUAAAGGCGAAACGAAAAAGCCAACUUUAAUUGCAGCUCGUCCGGUUAUUACAGUGCGUGAGGCGCUUAAGACGCUCGCCACUCAUAACAUUACCUCACUCCCUAUUUACUCUCAUAGCUCUAACAAGAUAGUCAACAUUGUGAAUCUUGUUGAUAUAUUAAAUUACAUUGUAAAGGAAGCUGUCGCAGACGAGAAGCAUCCUAUCGCAAUGAACAGUGCCAAAGCAAAUAAUUUGGAUAACACUAUUGAGUCGGUAAUGACUUUGGACGUUGAUAGAGAGAGUUAUCGUAUUUUCGUAUCAGACGCGCACGAAGGAUUAAAAAAGACUCUAGAAGCUUUUUCAAGAGGAACUCACCGUUCUUUGGUUAUCGACUACACCGAAAAGACGCCGCCAUAUAUUUUGACACAAACUGACAUUGUACGAUAUGUACACAAUCAUCCUGAAUCAGUACCAGGAAUUGGCUUCGAUGCAUCUUUGCAAUCUCUAGGAUUGGGUCUGCGAGAUUACAAAGUUGUUUCUGGGCACGUGAGCGAAUCAGCAUUGAAUGUGUAUAGGCGAAUGGCCGAAAAAGAUUUGUCGGGAAUCCCGAUUUUAGAUAGUGAGAAUCGUCUAGUCCUGAGUCUCUCUGUUUCUGAUCUCCGUGGCUUGAAUUAUCAAUCUAUCGAUAACCUUAUAUUGCCAGUUCAGGAAUUCUUGGAGACGCUUCCCAAUAAUGGAAAAUCUCUCCAUCCUAUAACAGCUACACGUCAGAGCACUCUACGUGAAGUACUUGAUCUAAUCGUAGAAAAUCACAUUCAUCGAAUUUGGAUUGUCGAUGAAUCUCAAAAAAUUUUGGACGUGGUUUCAUUAUCAGAUAUCAUUGAGAGUUUUGCAAAACUUUGA